UUUAACUAUAACUAGAUCACCUCCGACAUGUCAAAAAUUAACCGCUAAAAUUUACAAAAUGGAUCAUGUUAAUCGGAAUAUGAUAUCAUACAUAUUCUAAAAUGAUAUGUGGUUUCAGUAUGAUAAAAGUGGUGACGGAGGUCGGCGCUGGUGGAAAAAUUGGCCAAAUCGUCAAUCGUAUGAUGUGAACAAACGCGAUCAAGACGGAUUAUGGGACGGUGAUAUUCGAAAAUUUAGCGACCAUCCAUUCAAUGGAUACUUUAAAGACAUCAGAGAAAUUGCAAAUAGAGCAAUCCCAUCGUCAACAAACAUCCAUUCGUCUAAUGUGAACAAACCUAGGAUAGACAAAUCGCUUGCGGUUACACCACGAACGGCCAUAACGUUAGACAAAGUCCAGAGAUAUUUGACCCAGACUGAAAGUUUUGAGCCGAAUUUAGACAGCCCGAAGACUGUGGACACAUUCAGAUACCCUCCUCCGUCAAACAGUCGUGCUUUAUUGUCACUGAAAAGCGAACAGGACUAUGCAGUACCUAAGAAAUCUGGAGGCUGCACCAUAGCAGAAAAAUUUCUCGUCGGAACAUCGAUGUAUUUAGCCAUUGCAGUUUUGAUUAUGUUAAUUGUGAUUGGUGUUAUGGUUGCAUCACUAAAGGAUAUAAAUAAAUCAAUCGACAAUAUAAAUGUGGAUGGCUCUUCGGGAGAUACUUAUACACAGAAAUCAAUAGGAGUAUUGCCCUCAUUUUCUCCAUUGUCUACUUCGUUUAUAAACAUAACACCGCCUAAUAUAGCUUCUACGUCUAAGCAGCUUAUUACUACUUCUGCUAAACAAACUAGUUUUAACACUGGUUCUACCAUAUUUAAAUCACCUACUACUACUCCUCGGUCAGUUACUUCUACGUUUAAGGCGAUAACUAUCUCUGCUCAACUAACUUCUUCCACGAAACAGCCAACCACUACGACUGCUAAGCCUACCACCACAACUUCUCAGCCUACUACCACUUCUAAACCUACUACCACUCCCCAGCCAACAACUACCACUCCUAAGCCUACUACUUCUCCAAAUCCAACAACUACUACUACUCAGCCUACUACCACUGCCGAGCCGACCACUACCACUCCUAAGCCUACUACCACUGCCAAGCCAACCACUACCACUCCUAAGCCUACUACCACUGCCAAGCCAACCACUACCACUCCUAAGCCUACUACCACUGCCCAGCAAACCACUACUACUACUAAGCCUACUACCACUGUCAAGCCAACAACUACCACACCUAAGCCUACUACCACUGUCAAGCCAACAACUACCACACCUAAGCCUACUACCACUGUCAAGCCAACAACUACCACACCUAAGCCUACUACCACUGCCCAGCCAACCACUACUACUCCAAAGCCUAAGCCUACUACCACUGUCGAGCCAACCGCUACAACUCCAAAGCCUACUACUACCACUGCCAAGCUAACAACUACAAUUCCUAAGUCUACUACUCCUCAGCCAACAACUACCAUUACUAAGGCUACUACUACUACUACUACUCUUAAGCCAAUUACAACCACUCCUCAGCCAACCACUUCAACUCUUCAGACAACCAUAACUAUCCCCAUGACAACUACGACAACACCUAAACCAACAACUUCCACUGCAGAGCAAACUACUACCAUUUCUAAUACAACCACUACUCAUGUGCCAAUUGUAACUACGUCCAAACAAACUACAACAGCUUCACAACCAACAACAACUUAUACAAAUAUGAAAACAUCAAUUUCCGAAACCACGGAAAGCACUACUAAAAAGACAAGCACAGAACGUGAUGGCACAUUAUGCAACUCUAAUUAUUGCUCGUCCUUAGCUUACAAUAUGUACGGAUAUAUAAAUCAAACUGCAGAUGAGUGCAGCGAUUUUUACGAGUAUGCUUGUGGAAAUUGGGUGAAUGCAAGGGAAGAAGCCAUCGAAGGAGGAUUUAUAGAUCCAUGGAGAAGAUCUGUUGAGGGGGAUAAGAAGACAGAGUUCCAUUCGAAAAUCAGAGAUGUUUUAGAGAUACCCAUUUCAGAUGAUGCCCCAUCCUAUUCAAAGAAUCUCAAGCAAUUGUAUUCUGCCUGUUUGAACAAGGAUUCUGUUUUUGACGACACUGCUGUCAUGUCAGAAAUUCGUUUCUUCCUGCAAAUUCUCGCAUUUGAUUCGACAAUGCAAACAACAAAAUCCAUAGAAGAAAUACAAAACUUUGCCAUGUACUAUUUUGGAUCUUACCCGCUCUUUCGUUACGACGUGGCUCCAGUUGUGAAAGGGGAAGAUACAGUAUAUACUCUGACGUUAUUCCCACCUUCAAUGUAUCUGCGUCGUGAUAUUUAUGAUGGUAAUAUUGAUGAAACAAUUGACGGACUUGAUUAUUUGCACCGUGUUCCUACUGUUCUUGAUUCAAUAUAUGGAACCGGUUCUACUGGCUCUGGGGGUGAAUUUAGACGGCGCAGGGAUGCAGACAUUGUGAAUGACGACUUUGAUUAUUUUGAUGACGAGAAACAAAAUAAAAGACCAGAGAUAAUUGGCCGGAAGUUAUUGCAAGAGGAUUAUUAUUAUGAGGAUGAAGGCCAAUCCGUAUAUGCUACUGCAAGAGAAAAAUUGCUCGAUGUCUUCAAAUUCGAAAGGCAGCUACAUCAGAUCAUCCCUUCUAGCAAUAUUGAUAGCCAGACAAGUAGUAUCAAUAUACAGUUUAGUGACCUACAAAUAAGGCACCCUUUAUUGAAUUGGACAGAUAUAUUCCCAGAUGUAAAACCGAACACACCAGUCAAGAUUACCCAUCCAACUUAUUUCUAUGGUUUGGAUAGACUUGUCGCAGAUACAAGUGCAGAUACCAUAAAACUAUAUGAGCUGGUAACAGUAAUCGUUCAAGGAUUAUGGAAAUACCUUCCAUAUAAUAAGCGGACUGAUUUGUAUUUUAGUGACAUCAGAGAAGAGCGAUAUAAUUGGUUAAGUUGUGUCAAUUUUACCUUUGACCUUUUGAAUUCUGAACUACAUAAAGAAUACUCUGUAAAGAUGUCGACCGAUAUAGCUAAUGGAGUAGAUUACACUAAAACUAUGAUUGAUAAUAUAACAAACGUUAUGCAAUUUAAUAUAGACAAUUCAACAGACCUCAGUGAAGAAACUAAAUUGUCACUCUUUAAUAAAUUAUCUUCACUUCAAGUGGAGGUUUUACCACAACCAAACAUAGAUUUAUCAUUCAAAUUAACGUCUUCAAUUUCAUUUGUUCUUUCUGCAACUGAAUGUUUGAAGAAACGUUUCAAUGAAGACAUGGCAAAACUGGGAAAAUCAACGAAAUCAACAGUGAUUGAAUGGUCAGAUCUCAAACCUCAAUAUAACGUUAGGUUCAAUGAAAUAGAACUGCCACUUGGACUAACCUCUUUGACAAUUGAAAAAGAGCCCUUGUUUCCUAUUUUAACAAGUGUUGGAUUUAAUAUAGCAUCGAACAUUGUAAAGGCGUUAUAUGGUUCCAUGGAAAUAGCUUUAGCAGAAUCAUGGUGGAGUUCAUCUUCAUCCUCAUUUUUUCUCAAUACAUGGAAUUGCUUUGACAAUCAACUUUCAUCCGACAUUACUAUCAACAUCCGUUCAAGUACAGGAGAAGUAAUGAAUGCGGACGGAGCACUACACCUCAUUUAUCAGGAAUAUGAACGACAGCUGGAAUCUGCAACUUCAGAGAUAUAUUAUCUUCCAAUAUUAUCUGCAACUCCGGAACAAUUGUUUCUUCUACAUUUUACACAAAAUUUUUGUGAAGUUCCAUUUGGAGACACAACAUCAAUGAGUAAACAUAGAAUAAAUCACGUGCUUAGAAACAGUGAUUUCUUUUAUAAGGCAUUCCAGUGUUCUUCUGAUAAAGACAUGAACCAAAAGAACAAAUGCUCUCUAUUAUAAGUCAUUGACCAUGAAUGUUCACCUAUGAUUCAUUUAGUGACGAAAUUACAUGUUGUAAAGACUUUUUUUUAAUAAA